AUGGUGGCCCGUGUCCUUUAUGGAUUUUUGACAGCCCUUGGAAAAAAUGGCCCGACGAAAUGUUUUACUUCUGUGGUUGCUGUAUCUUGCGAACAAUUGCGUGAAUUACAGUUCGUGCAUGUCGCAUAAUAAUUAUUACGACGAAUAUGGAUUGGAAUCGGAGAAGCUGUGCAGUAUACUUGGUAAAGUGUCAACUAUAGACAUCAAUACCAGUGCUGCAAUCGUCCAGCCGAAACACAUGCUGGACCGAUGGAAUGUUCGCAUGAAUGUCCAUUGCAAGUUCAAAGUUACAACAGCUAAAGGUUAUGGACUGUUUGGUGUCGUGCAAAAGAUGUCUUUCAGGAAAAACGGGACACAAUGUCUGGAUUAUGUGCAAUUCUCCAAUCUAAUUGAACCGGCUUUCAAUCCAUUUCAGUUCAAAAGAAAAGAUUAUCACAAGACAAAAAAGUUUUGUGGUUCUGUGGAUCGUAAUAAAGUGAAGUAUUCAGUACCUGAAUCAGAAAAUAAUGCUGAAUCAGAGACUUAUGCCGAAUAUGAUCCAAGCAAUCAUAAAUCUAAUGCGGAAUUAGAAACUGAAAUAUUUAUCUCGAAAGAGAAGUUGGAAGCUGGGGAGUACCUUGCUCUUCGUAUUGCUUACACGUCUUUUGGAAACUGCAGUGAUGUGGACUCCAAGAGAUAUAAAUCAAUUGGUCACAACACCUGUAUGCUAAAUGAAUACUUUUGUGACGAGGUUUACAAUUGUGUACCAGAUAUUUGUUCUGACGAGGGUAAUUGUACUCAUGAAAUUAUUAGUUCUGGCACUGGCACAAAAGUAACAGUUGGUGCAGUGACUACCAUGAUCUUAUGCUUUAUCAUAUUUGUUAUGUGUUUGUGGAUAUGUAAAAGGUCGCAAAAAUUAUGUUGGUCUACCGAUUGUGUGCUUAUGUCUAUCGAUUCAGACGUGUGUUCAAGACCGGGUACACUGCCACAUGAAACCGAGGGAUCUGUUAAUCCACCAGUUCCCUCAGCACCAAUGUUAGAAGUCGCGGUUCCUUCGUCAGUUGCUGAUAAAGAUUUACCACCUAGUUACGAUUCCCUAUUUCCAGAACAAAAUAAUCCUGUUAGAUUAUAAUCGUAAGUGUAAGUUAUUGUGUAAUUGAUUUGUACUGACAGCUUAUUAUCUAAUGUUUUAAUUAGAUAUUGCUGUAUACAAUGCAGUCCUCAGAUAUAUAUAUGGUAUGAAUGAGUGCCUUUUUUGAAUGAAUCAGAUAUAAGUGAAUCACAAACAAGUGCUCGAUAAAAAUACUGAAUUUUUAUACCAACUUUUUUGUCAAUAUCGUAUACAUUAGCAUUUAUAAUACUAAAUAUUUUUAUAUUUUAUAUAACUCAUUCUGCAAAACUGUACUGAGAUACAAAUGUAGAGCCUGUAAGAACUAAAGUAUAAACUACUACGAACAGUCAAUUACUCAGCAACGAAAAAGUACUAUUUUAGGAUAAACGAUAUUUCGAUUAUAAUUUAUAAGCUGCUUUUAAUGUUGGAAAAAUACAGUAUUUAAUAAAUAUAUUUAUACAAGA